AUGUCAAGUGACCAACCACAAGAGUUUUUAGGCUCCUUCGGAGUAGUUCCAAAAGAAGAUUGUCCUCACAUUUCUAGGCAUGUAAAAAUCGAUAUGGAUGUUUAUGCAAGAAUUUCAAGAAAAUCGCCCUGCCACCUAUGCUCUAAUACAAAUGAAAACUGGUUAUGCCUUGAAUGCCUCUUUAUCGGAUGCUCUCGGUAUAUAAACUCUCAUAUGUCAUUACAUAACAACGAAGAAUCCCAUCCAAUUGCUUUCAGCUUCACAGAUUGUUCUUUUUGGUGCUAUGACUGUGAUUCUUAUAUUACAAGCCCUUUAUUAAUUUCUAUUGUGGAAGCAUUCCAAAACCAAGACACUCGCUUUGUACAAGUCCAAACAAGGUCUCAGCCAAUGGACAUAGAUCAGCCUCGCUUAGAGCCAGGAGAUGGGAUUCGUGUUGACGAGCUUGAAAAAGAGCUCGCAGCAGCCAGAAACGCAAGACAGUUUGGCGGGAUGUAUGCAGUAUCCCCUAAAUAUGACUGUCCUCAUAUUUUACCUGAAUAUUUUGAUAGCUCUUUAGAAGCAAUAAAACAUAUUGAAAUAACUGAUCCGUGCGGAGACUGCCAAUAUAUAGGCGAAAACUGGGUCUGUCUAAAAUGUGGAGUUGUUAAGUGUUCUCGCUAUAUCAAAGAGCACAUGCUAAUGCAUGCCCUUGAAACUGCUCAUUGCUUAUCCCUAAGUUUUAGUGAUCUUUCAUUUUGGUGCUAUCUUAUCUUAAUUAGUUAAUGCUUAAAGCCUCCGCCUUUUUGGACCCAAACAGUGGCGUUACAGGCUUCCGUUAACAAAAUGGCUUAUGCACCAAGUUGAGACGCUGCCCAUGUAAGCACCAAUACCAGCAGAAUCAGCUGCCCAAGACUGGCUGCCUUGCCUUCGCCAUUUUCUGGCUACUCUAUGGUACUCUGCCUAAUGGUCACUCUCCUCAGGUGUGAAGCUUGGAAUACCCAAGCCUCUUGAAUGCUCUUGAAGCAAUCCUCUAGCCCUAUGCGACUAGAAAUUAAUUCUAUAUAGCUGAGCAGAGGUCUCAAGGUAAAACCAAACCCCAUAAAUAUAAGAUAAAAAUUAGCAAAGCUGAUUUCUCGAACCGAAUGCCAUUUUGCUCGUAAUUUAGUACUAUCAAUGUGAAUCAUAUAUUGCAAGUGACGAACUAAAUGAUGCUUAUAAUGUGUGUGCAGAAAAAAAGUUUGGCAAAGUCAACACAAAUACGUCAGCACAUAGGACUGAAGAAGAAAAAAAAGAAUAUUUCGACUCUCCAGAAGAGCUUGAAAGGAAAAUUGAUAUUUUGGCUCAAUGGAUUAGAGAGUCCUCGCACUUUAUGGCUUUUACUGGAGCUGGGGUUUCUACAAGCUCAGGAAUUCCUGACUACAGGAGCGGAUAUGGAACAGUGCUGCAAACUGGUCCAGGAGCUUGGGAAAGAAAAGCACACAAUGGAAAAAAGCCUGAAAAGCCUACCAAAAGAGUAGCAAUGGAAAAAGCGAUCCCAACGCUAACUCAUAUGAGCUUUGUUAAGCUCAUGCAAGAAGGCGUGCUAAAGUAUGUAGCAUCUCAAAACACUGAUGGUAUGCAUAGAAAAAGUGGAAUUCCUCCAGAAAAUUUAGGAGAAUUGCACGGAAAUACAAAUCUCGAAGUUUGCAACAGAUGCCACAAAGAAUAUAUGAGGGAUUACGGUGUUAGAUCAAAUCCUUUUGUUAAUCAGCAUGAAACAGGCCAAAAGUGUGAUGAUCCUUAUUGCGGAGGAGACCUUUUAGAUACAAUUAUUAACUUUGGGGAAAAUUUGAAUCAAAAUAUCUUGGAAAAAGCUUUUCAGAUGGCCUCGAUUUCUGAUUUAUGCCUUGCAAUGGGAUCAAGCUUAAGAGUGACCCCAGCAGCAAACAUCCCUGAGCUUGUAGGGAAGCAAGGAAGACUUGUAAUUGUGAAUCUGCAAAAGACUCCUCUUGAUAGAAAAGCUCAGCUCGUAAUUCAUGCUAUGUGUGAUACAGUCAUGGAAAAGCUUAUGGAAAGGCUAGGUCUUGAAAUCCCUCAGUUUAGACUUGUAAGAAGGGUAAAAAUUUCUAAACUUUCUGAAGCAGAGCCAGGGCAUUCAACUGUUAAGGAAUGUAUGCAUUUUCAAGGAAUUGAUUCAAAUGAAGACCCAUACAGCCUUUUCCCAAAGAUUGAAGUAAGAUCUGGAUUUAAUCAAGUAGUGCUUACUAAAGACCCUAUGAAAUUAUACGCCAAACACUUCAACCAAGUGCUAGAAUUGAAAUUACACUUUCAAGGACACUAUGGGGAAACUCCUUUAGAAAUUAUCAUCGAUCCCACCCAAAUGGAAGUUAACAGUCACAAAGUCUUUAUCAUGGUGUUCAAUCCUUACGAAGGCGAAUGGGAGCAGUUAAGCAACCUUAGUUAA